GGAAAUGCAAUUAAAAAAAAAGUUUUGACUAACGUUGUCAGCCAUUUUAUUUUGGGCGUCGUCUUGGUAACAACGUAUUUCCGGCUUUGUUACGACUGGCUUUUGUAGCGUACAGUUAGAUGCAUGGCGACUGGAUUUAUGCGGAUUAUAAUCAGAUAAAGGAAUUUGUCAUAGCGUCGUCCAUUUAGAAGAAAUCUCAUCUACAAAUAACCAGGGAUAUUAUAUUUUAGAAAAAUUAAUAUCCAUCCACACAAAUACCAAUAAUUUUUCCUCAUAAAAAAAUAAGAAACAAUAAUUAUUGCGUAAAAAAGAAAAAAUAAUCAUAUUUUUGCUUUUCCAACGUUUAAUUAUUGAGCAAUUUUUUUUUUCUUUCUUUUGAAUACUGUAUUAACUAAAAAGAAAAAUGAUUUUUCAUUUUUUGUGAUACAUUUUCACCUGAAAAAUAGAAAAAAAAAAACAAAAAAAAAGACAUUAUUCGUUGCUUAAAAAUAUCCAUGUCAUGAUUACGUCAUAUUGGAGUUUCAACAAUUAGAUCCAGAAAGAAAAUUAUUUAUUUAAUAUAAAAAUGCCUCGAAUUGAUCCACUCUCGUUGCUGAAAUGUCUGAGCGUUCUACUUGGACCAACUGGAGGAAUUAAAAGCAAGGAUGAAGUACAUCGUCUUGCCAAUCUCAUGACAAAGUUUUCGAAAAAACUUGUAUCAAAAUGUAUCUACAUACAAAUAUUAAAAACAACAAACACCGAACUUCUCAGCCAGUUCAUGACUGCAGGUGGCUGGAAUUUGGUACACUCUUGGCUGUCUGAUGGUAUAGUGUCUAAAAAUUGGGCUCUUCUACAAGAACUUCUUGAACUUUUACUUCUAUGUCCAGUUGAUAUUGAAAGAUUAAAAAGUAAUAAUUGUCCAAAGCUAAUAAAAGGUUUAUCAAAAGAAGCUAAAGAUUUAACAGUACGUUCAUCAGCUGGUAAACUUGUUGAUCAAUGGUUAAAAUUAGUUAAAAGUGAAGUUACACCACAUCCAGUAACUCCAAAUAUUAAAUUAAAUAUUGAUAAUGAAACAACGAAAAAUCAAACAAUAACUAUUAAUGAUAAUAAUGAACAAGAAACAAAUGUUAUGAUUAGUAAACUUGAUGAUGAUAGUGAUGAUAAUGAUAAUAAUAUUAAUAAUGAUGCAACUGUUGAAAUGAAUGACUUAGAAUUAAAAAAUAAUUGUGUAGAAUUAAUUGAUACUAAUAAUAUUAAUGAUGAACAAGAUAAUAAUAAUGAUGAAGAAGUAGUAGAAGAAGAAGAGGAGGAAGUAGAAGAGGUAGAAAAAAACUUACAAGAGUAUCAAAAUGCUGAUAAACAAAUAAAUGUAAAACCAGUACAAUUUAAAAUUAUUAAUAAAACAUUACCAGGUCAAUCACAACCAACACAAAUAAGUAAACAAUCAUUUGUUGUUUAUCCAGCAGCUAAAAAUAAACAACCAGUUGGACCAGUAUAUAAAAUAAUAAUAAAAGAUGGUAAACAAUUAUUAAAAAAAGUUGAUACAGUACCUAAAAAUCUUAAAAAAGUAUAUAACAAUGAUAUAGAUAUUAAUAAUGAUAAUGAAUUGUGUGAUACUGAUGUUGUUGAUAAUGAAAAUUCUUUUAUUGUUGAUAAUUGUGAAGUGAAAAAAAUAACAAACAUUAAUAAUAUAAAAUCAACAACAGUUGAUAAUACUGACAAUAAUAAUAGUGAUGUUAAUAAAUCAAAUGACAAAGAGAAUCGUGAUUCACGUAAAAAAAAUGAUGAUAAAAUAACAACAUCAUCAUCGUCAUCAACUGCAGGAGCAACAACAGCAAGUGAUAAAAAACAUAGUAGUCAAUCAUCGUCAUCAUCAAAGAGUAAACAUAGUUCAUCAUCAAGUUCAAGAUCAUCAAGCUCAUCACAUCGUUCUUCCUCUCAUCGUUCUAGUAGUUCAAAAUCAUCAUCGUCGUCAUCAAGUAAAUCAUCUAGAGAUCGUGAUAGACAUCAUUCAAGUUCUAGUAAACAUAGUUCAUCAUCAUCAUCAUCAUCAAGUCGUAGUAAAACAGAUAAAGACAAAGAAAAAGAUAAAGAUAAAGACAAAGAUAAAGAUAAAAAAGAUCAAGCUGAAAAAGAUAAAGCAACACUUGAAAAAAUUCAAGGACAAUCAUUGAGUACUAAAUUUGGUAAAAUACCAAAGAAAAAAAGUGAUGAUGAUAAAAAUGAUACAACAUUGAGAAAAUCAUCAACAGAUUCACGUGAUAGUUCUAAAGAAAAUAAAGAUAAUAAAAAAAUUACAUCACCAAGCAGUAGUAGUAGUAGUAGUACAACAACAACAAAUAGUAAUAGUAAUAGUAUAUUAGAGAAAAAAAAUAUUUCAAUAUCAAUUGAAAAUAGAAAAAAUUCAACUGAUCAACCAAGACCAAAAACAGUUAAAACAUUUAAUUCGAAAUUUCGUUCAACUGGACUUGAAGAAGAAGUUAAACCACCACCAUCAAAAUCAUCAAUUAAAAAACCAAAUAUUAUAAAUGAUAAUAAAAAAUUAUUUCAACCAAAAUUAUCACUAAAAAGACCAUCACCAUUACGUGAUACUCCAAUAAGUGAUAAAAAAAUAAAAUUAUCAUUGGAACCACCAACACCAACUGGAGAAGAAAAAAAAGGAGCCAUCAAAUUAAUUGCUCCAAAACCAAAACCAAUGGUAUUGCAGGAGAGUGAUAUGUUUAUGGAUGCAUUGAUGACUGCCUCGACAAAAGGCAAAGAGCCAAGAAAAAGAAAAAGAAGAACAUCAUUGACCAAGGACGAUAAAAAUGAUACUAAAAAAUCAGAUGGUACCAAUGAACAAGGUGGAAAAGAUGAUGAAUCACCAGCAUCACCACCACCCAGUGAAAAAUCACCGUUACCAGUUAAACCUGAUUUUAAGUUUUAUCAAGAUACUUUGGAAACUGAUGAGGAUAAAGAAGAAAAAGAAAAAUCACAAGAUGACGAUGAAUCACAAGAUGACAAUGAUAAAAAUCGUACAAAUAGUGGUGAUGAUGAUGAAAGAAGUCAAACACCAACAAAUGAUGAUGAUUCAUCUGAUAAAAAACAUAGUCCACUUAGUCCAGAUUCUGAAGUACGUUAUGUUGAUGGUUUAAGAAGUGUAUUAGUUAUUCAAAAACGUAAAGGACCAAAAAAAUUAUUAAAAUGGAAUACAGAACUUGAAUCAAUACGUUAUUUUGAAUUGGAUGAAACAGAACGUGUUAAUGUUACAAAAACAUUUACUGAUAUGAAACAAAUGGAAAAACAAGGUGAACGUGAAGCAUUUCAAAUGGCAAGAAAAUUAAGUACUGAAGAUACAAUGGAAGAAAAAAUUAAAUGGCGUGUAUUAAUACCACUUGACUUACCACCAGCACUUGUUGAUCCUGGUAAAGAUUCAAAAGAACGUGAUAUACAAUAUGCCAGAGAAAAAAGUAUAUUACAAGCACUUUAUUUUAAUCGUGGUAUGAUACCAGAUUCACCAGCAGAACCAGAUGAAGAAAGACAUCAUGUAUUUAAAGAUCCAAUAAUAAUACCACUUGAUGAUUUAACUGGUAAUAAGGAAAGUGAAAAAGAUUUUUCAAUGUUAUCAUGGCCAGAACCAAAACCAAAAAUAUCAAUACCACCACCAUCAAUUAUACCACAACAACAAAUUAUAACACAAAAUCAACAAUUACAUUAUCAACAAUUUACCCAACAUAAUCAAAUGUUACCACCAAAUAUGCAAAAUGGUCCAAUGCAACAACAAAUUCCACCAAAUAUUAUGUCAUUAAAUACAAUUAAUGAAUUAAAUAAUACAAAUACAGGAAUUGGUGGUGGAGGAGGUUGGCGUACUGGUGAUGGUAAAGUUGUUGUACCUGAUGUUAAUAUUAUUGGUGGUGGUAAUAAUAUACCUGGACAAUUUGUCAGUGGUUUAGAUCCAUUAAUAAUGGCACCAACAAUCAUACCACCACCAAAUUUAUAUCAUCAACAACCACCAGAUAAUUUUAAUGGUUUUAUGGGAAAUGAUGAUAAUAAUUUUGGACAUAUGCAAAAUAAUUUCCAAGGUCCACCUGGUAUAUUUAAUAACAAUAACAAUAAUAGUAAUUUCCGUGGUGGUAGUGGUGGUAAUAAUAAUAAUGGUGGUGGAGGAGGAAAUGGUGUUAUGAUGGCUAAUCGUGGUAGAGGUGGUAAUAUACCUGUAUGGUUUAGAGGUGGUCCACCAGGUACUGGAGGUCCAGGUGGUUUACCACCUGGUGGCCCUGGUGGUCCUGGACCAAUGCGAGGUGUAUGGAAUAAUGGUGGUAGAGGCAAUUGGCGUAAUAAUGGUAAACCAGUGUGUCGACAAUUUGUUAAAAAUGGAUUUUGUCGAGUUGGUGAUAAAUGUCAAUAUUUUCAUCCUGGUCCAAAUUGUCCACCUUUUUAAUAUGAACCAGAUAUUUUUUUAUUUAUGAUUUUUUUAAUUUAUUUAAUUUAUGAAAAAGAUAUAGUACAAUGCAUUGACAAGGAAUUCAUUAUUCAUCCAGUUUAUUUAACAUUAGAUAAACUUUGUCUUCCUAUUGGUGUUGUUCAUUUUUUUUUUAUAUUGAUGAUAUAUACAUAUAUUUAUUUGUAAUCGACUGAGUCACUGCCGAAAUAAUCGAUUCUUAUUUAUUAUUAUUAUUAUUAUUAUCAUUGUAAAUUUGUCUUUUUUUUUUUUAUUGAUUAUAUUGACACGCUAGAUGUCUGAAAAUCAUAAAUCAAAAAUUGAUGGGGAAAAAAAAGGUGGUGGUAGAUACUGUGAUAGAUCAGAAAGGCCUC